AUGUACAAUCCAAUUGGAUUGAUUGAGAGCUGGGGAUAUCCAGCAGAGCAGCACAACAUUACGACAGAUGAUGGAUAUAUUUUGAAGGCAUUUCGAAUACCAUGGAGUCCAUUGAGUUUGUCAAAGAAAAAUCAACAAAAACCAGUUGUUCUUAUGCUAAAUGGAAUUGCGUUACUAUCAGAUGUUUGGCUAUUAAGUCCCAACCGAAGUUUAGCUAAGCAACUUGCUGAUGAAGGCUAUGAUGUUUGGCUGGGUAAUUAUCGUGGUACAACGCAUGGACGUGAUCAUGUUACAUUGUCACCAAAUGACAAAAAUUUUUGGAACUUUAGUGUUCAUGAAAUUGGAUACUAUGACGUUCCAUCAACAAUUGAUUAUGUUUUGAAUGCAACAAAUCAAAAUUCUUUGAUAUUUCUUGGAUAUUCAUUGGGAACGGCAUCACUAUUCAUUGCAUUAUCAGAACGACCAGAGUAUAAUUCAAAGGUUCAAUUGAUGAUUGGCUUUGGUGCAAUUGCUGGAUUUUUAAAUAAAAAUUAUAUGGACCUGACAAUGUAUAAUUUUAUAGAAUCAGUUGGAAAUAUUAUUGAUCCUACUGGAACUUUUGAGACAUUACCUCAAAAAUCAAUUUAUAAUAUAUUAUUCGAAGAAAUAUGUGUCAACUUGAAUAUUGUUGAUUGCUGUUUAAUUCCAGUUAAUAUUCUGUGUGGUAAAAAUAACAAACAAUUUGAUAAUAAUAUUUUUGCCAAUCUUUUGAAUUAUUUUCCUGGUGGAACAUCUGGAAAAGUUUUCCUGCACUCUGUACAAUUUGCAAAAACUCGAAAAUUUCAACAGUAUGAUUAUCAAAAUGAAAAAGAAAACAUAAAACAUUAUGGUACACCAAAACCUCCACAAUAUAAUUUGGAAAAUAUUAAAUCACCAAUGAUAAUUUUUUAUUGUCUAAAAAAUGAUCCAUUUUCUUCUUUUGAAGACGUCAUCGAAAUAAGUAAAAGUGUUUCGAGCAAAGUUAUUGUUGAACAAGUAUCUGACGAAAAUUUCAAUCAUCUCAACUUUAUAACUGCUAAAAAUGUGAAAGAAAUAGUCAAUGAUAGAGUGAUCGAGUAUCUUGAUCAAUUUACAAAAGGAAAAAUUAUUUUUUAAAAUAUUUAUAUCUUAGCAAUAAAUAUAUAUACAUUUAUAAUACUCUUAAUAUUUUGUUAUCUAUAAAAACUGACUUAAGUAGUAGUUAUUGUAAUCUAUAUUUAGAAUUUAUAAUAAAAUAUGU